CCGUCCGGGCCGAGCGCGCGGCCCGCGGACUGCGGGUGAGUGAGGUGGCUAGCAUGCAGACAGCAGUUCUCUGACUGGCUGCCCCCCCACUGACAUGGCCCACCGGGGUGUGGAGAGGGACUUCCAGUCUUCAGCGCGGCGCAUGGGCACCUCACUGCUCUUCCAGCUUUCAGUGCACGAACGGGAGCUGGAUCUGGUUUUUCUGGAUCAUAGCUAUGCUAAGCCAUGGAGUGCCCACCCAGAUGCCAGUAGUGCCCGGCCCACCCGCAUGCUCUUCGUUACUCCUCGGAGGCAGCAUGAAAGUACCAUUGAAUCAGACGUCCCAAUAGAUGUGGAGACAGUCACAUCAACCCCCAUGCCACUCUAUGACAAUCAGAAGGCACGCAGCGUGAUGAAUGAGUGCGAACGGCAUGUCAUCUUUGCCAGGACUGAUGCAGAUGCCCCUCCCCCACCAGAGGACUGGGAGGAGCAUGUCAACAGAACGGGCUGGACAAUGGCCCAGAACAAGCUAUUCAACAAGAUCCUCAAAGCUCUGCAGUCUGACCGGCUUGCCCGCUUGGCCAACGAAGGGGCUUGCAAUGAGCCAGUGCUACGUCGCGUUGCAGUGGACAAGUGUGCGAGGAGAGUGCGGCAGGCCCUGGCAAGUGUGAGCUGGGACACCAAGCUGAUCCAGUGGCUGCAUACCACCCUAGUGGAGACCUUGAGUCUACCCAUGCUGGCGGCCUACCUGGAUGCUUUGCAGACACUGAAAGGGAAGAUCCCUACCUUGAUUGACCGGAUGCUUGUGUCGUCCAACACGAAGACCGGGGCUGCAGGAGCUGAGGCCUUGUCCCUCCUGCUGAAGAGGCCCUGGGACCCUGCUGUGGGGGUGCUUUCUCAUAACAAACCAAGCAAACUCCCUGGCUCUCCGCUCAUUCUCAUUGCCUCCUCCGGGCCCUCCAGUUCUGCGUUUCCCACCUCGCGCCGCCACCGCUUCUGGCAGUCUCAGCUCUCCUGCUUAGGCAAGGUCAUCCCUGUAGCCACCCACCUGCUGAACAAUGGAAGUGGGGUAGGCGUUCUGCAGUGUCUUGAGCAUAUGAUUGGGGCCGUGAGAAGCAAAGUGCUGGAGAUUCACAGCCAUUUCCCCCACAAACCCAUUAUCUUGAUUGGCUGGAACACAGGAGCUCUGGUGGCCUGUCACGUGUCGGUGAUGGAGUAUGUCACUGCGGUUGUCUGCCUUGGGUUCCCUCUGCUUACCGUGGAUGGCCCCAGAGGGGAUGUGGAUGAUCCUCUCUUGGAUAUGAAGACUCCAGUCCUCUUUGUCAUUGGUCAGAAUUCCCUGCAGUGUCACCCUGAAGCCAUGGAGGACUUCCGGGAGAAGAUUCGGGCUGAGAACAGUUUGGUGGUGGUUGGGGGAGCUGACGAUAACCUCAGGAUAAGCAAAGCAAAGAAGAAGUCAGAAGGGUUGACCCAGAGCAUGGUGGACAGGUGCAUCCAGGAUGAGAUUGUGGACUUCCUGACUGGUGUGCUUACUCGCGCUGAGGGGCACAUGGGUGCUGAGCCUCGGGACCAGGAUGCUGAGAAGAAGAAGAAGCCCCGGGAUGUGGCCCGCAGGGACCUGGCCUUUGAGGUCCCUGAGAGGGGCAGUCGACCCGCCUCACCAGCUGCCAGGCUGCCUGCCUCCCCUUCAGGCUCUGAGGAUCUCUCCAGUGUGUCCAGCAGCCCCACCUCCAGUCCUAAGACCAAGGUGACCCCAGUGGCCUCUGCCCAGAAGUCCAGUCAGAUUGGGAGCUCUCAGCUGCUAAAGAGACACGUGCAGCGGACAGAAGCUGUGCUGGCCCACAAACAAGCCCAAGUUCCCAUUUCAUCAGAACAAACGGAGGAAGCAGAGAAAGAGGACCUUAGGGUCCAGCUGAAGCGGCACCAUCCCUCCAGUCCUCUGUCUGGCAGUAAGACCUCUAAGCGACCCAAGAUCAAGGUGUCCCUCAUCUCCCAAGGAGACCCAACUGGAGGGCCUUGUACUCCUUCCCAAGGAGGAGCCCCAGAAGCCGUGGGAGGGAAGCCCAUCAUGAUGACACUGGGGCAGGCGUCAACAGGGGCCAAGGAGCUCACAGGGCUCCUUACCACAACCAAGUCUAGUGCUUCUGAAGCAGGUGUGUCAGCCAGCCCAGCCUCCCCUGUGGUCUCCAGCAGCGCCACACCCAGUCCCUUGCACACACUCCAGAGCCGCCUGGUGGCCACCUCUCCUAGCAGCUCCCUCCCAGGGGCCACAUCAGCCAGCAGCCUCCUCCAAGGCCUCAGCUUCAGCUUGCAGGAUAUCAGCAGCAAGACCUCUGGUCUCCCAGCAAAUCCCUCCCCGGGACCAUCCCCGCAGGCCACCAGUGUGAAGUUGCCCACCCCAAUACAGAGCCUGGGUGCCAUCACCACGGGCACCAGCACCAUUGUUCGUACCAUUCCUGUGGCCACCACUCUCUCCUCCUUGGGUGCCACUCCUGGUGGGAAGCCUACAGCCAUCCACCAGCUGCUGACCAAUGGGGGCCUCGCCAAGUUGGCAAGCAGCCUCCCUGGCCUGGCUCAGAUCUCUAACCAAGCAUCAGGUUUGAAGGUCCCUACCACCAUUACUCUGACCCUCCGAGGGCAACCAAGCCGAAUCACCACGCUGAGCCCCAUGGGCCCAGGAGCAGCCCCAUCUGAGGAGUGCCACUCCAACUCACAGUGAAAUGUUUCUAAUCUUAAAUGGUGAUCUGAGAGCCACCCAAAGGCCAGAGAUUAAAGAGAACAGUUGCUUGUACCCAGUGUGGAGUGUGCUUUCCUUCAGUGCCCACCUUUUCAAUCAAGGCCUUCCAUGCAGGAACGGUGCUGUGCCGGCUGCCAUGGCAGAAGCUGGCCCUGGGCCUGACAUUCCCAAUACCAGCUUUGCCUCGGGCUGGGGGCUGGGCACGAUUGGCAGGGGACAGUUCCUGACUGGACCAGAAGCUCCUCUGCACAGGGGUUGUUCCCAGCACCCACUGGGAUCAUAGCCAGCCCCCUGCCAUUCUGCAGAGAGGUGGAGUUGUUCUCAUUAUUUUAUUAUUUUUUCAGUUACAAAAGUGAUUGUGCUUAUUUUCAAUAAUUCAAACAUUACAGAAGUAAUAUAACUCAGAAAGUGUAAAUUUCCAAUGAUACCACUCCCAGAGAUGAUAUCCACUGUUGGUAGCUUGAUAUGCAUCCUUCUAGAUUUUUCUUCCUAUACCAAGUAUAUCAUUUUAUUUUACUUUUUGACAAAAAUGAGAUCACAAAAUAUGGACUUGUGUAACUAGCCUUUGUUUAUAAAACACAUGAUGUGUUACAGGAAGACUACCUAUGUCUUGUCAGUGGCUCCCUAACAAGGGGAAUGUAAGAAAGCGAGUUUUACCACUUCCUGAUAGAGAGUUGGGUUAUGUUUUGUUUUUCGAUAUCAUAAAUAAUGGUGCAGUGGACACCCUCGUCAUGAUUUUUGUUUACCUCCCGGAGGUUUCUACAGGCUGGAGACCAGUGAGUGGAGGGUAUGUGCAUCUACCACCUGGCAGCUGCUGAUUGUUCUUCAUGAGGUUUUGCUGAUAUAAGUCAAGUCACAGUGAUGAGAAUAUCUGUUUGUUUAUACCAUUGUCAAUUGUGGAAAUCAGUAUUUUUAAUUUUAUCGAUGAUAAGUGAAAAGUGAAAUUGUUUUAAUGUGCAUUUUCCUGAUUAUUUAUGAAGUUGUAUGUCUUUUAUGAAUUGCCGGUUAUAUUCUACGUCUGUUUAUUUCAUAGCAGCUUUGUAUAUUCUGAUGUUAAUCCUUUAUUAUACAAAUUGCACAUACUUUAUUCUAGUCAGUUGCUUUUUUUUUGCUUUUUUCUUUCUAUUGAACUAUUAAGUGCAUGUCUUUAAUUUUUGUUUCUGGAUCUUUUAUCAUACAGACAUUAAAAAUUUUUAUAUGGUAAAGUCUUCAGAUCUUUUCCUUUAUGCUCUUCCCAUUGCAAGAGUAUAAUCUUUUUUCAUUUUCUUCUUUUUUAUAUUUUUAGAAUUGUUGUAAAAUAGACAUAAGUUACCAUUUUUACCCAUUUUUAGGCUUACAAUUCAGUGGCAUAAAGCACACUCACAUUAUUGUGCAGCCAUCACCACCAUCCAGCUCUAUAACUUUUACUUCGUCCCAUACUGAAGCUGUGUUUUCUUAUAAUGUUUGUUUGUUUACCUUUAGUUUUUCAGUCCACUUGGAAUUUAUUUAUUUAUUUUGGAAUUUAUUUUCAUAUGCUAAGUGAGAUAAGGAUCUAACUGUAGAUGAGUCCAUUCAUCCUUCAUUCAUUUGACAUCUGCUGCUCUCACAUUCUAGAUUGCGGUGCACACGCGGGCCUGUUCUAUACCAUGGAGCGUCUGCUAUGCCCUGGCUUUCUGCUGUGUCUGGUGAUGCAGGGCCCCCAGCAGAGGAAGUGUCAGUGGUGUUUCUAGUUUGCUCAUAUCAUCAUUAUCCUUUUCCUUUCCCUUGAUAAAUAAUGGGUUGCGAAUUUUGCCCAUUUCCCUUUUGGAAUCAAAUGAGAUGAAUGAGCAUAAAUAGUUCCUUGUAAUUAGUUAAAAUGAUGAAUUACUUUAAUAGAUUUCCUAAUAUUGAACUAUCUAAAUUUCAGAUUUAGGAGUUUGCCCAGUAUGUCCUAUUCUCUUUCUUUACACAUGCCCAAAUUUAUUUUUAUUUUGCACAUAUAGGAAAGAAGACCCUAUCAAAAAGGAACAAAACACAAUAGAAGGAAAGAAGCCAAGCUUACAGAGGAAAAGCACUCUUCUGACUUGUUUUUAUUUUACUUAGAGGUUUGGCCUCUGUGUUUAUUAGUGAGAUUGACCUAUAGUUUUCUUUUAAUCACCCCUGUUUUUGUGUGUGUGCUUUCCUUGUCCAGUUGUAUAAAGGUACUAAUUCUGUCCUUAUAGAAUGAAGUGAAAAGUAUUUUUAUGUUUUUCUCAUAUUUCAAAACAUUUCUAUAGCACAGAAAUGACCAGUUCCUUGAUGGUCUGAUGGAAAUGACUCUAAACAGUUGGACCUGUUUUCAGGUAGUUCUAACCUUUGCUGAUGCCACAUAGAGGCACAACUAGAACCAGGUCCCCACCACAUGAUGCCCUCCUCUCUGUUAGGUGGUCCUUUGGGCUUGCUGUGGCCUGGGGAGCUAGUUGAUAUGGAGAUGAGAUUAAGAGUCUUUGGGAACCCUCUUCCUGGCUAAAUGGAAGCACAGAAUAAAGAUAACAUCUGACUUCUACCUGAGGGAAUUAACUGAGAGCUUAGUUUUUAUCUCAGUAAAAUGGGUGUGUAAUUACUAGGAGGGUUCUGAUGGCGAUUCUUUUCUUACAAAGGAGGUAUUAUUAGAUUCAGACUUGCUGACUUGAAAGCUUCUAACAGUUACCUGAUAGUGUUCAGACUGCCAGACAGUAUGAUACCAUGGAAAGAACUGGGCUGUGGACAGCCCGCUGUCUUAAACAAGCUGUGUGAGCCUGGGCAAAUCAGCCAACCUCUCUGAGCUUUGGUCUUCUCGUCUAGUCUAGUGAGGUGGUGACUGUUGUGCUGGUGGGAUUAGCAGGCUUUGUCUCAGAAUCUCCUCAGGCUUUAGAAGAUGAAUUUUUAAGGGUCGAGAAACAAACCACCCAUUUACGACAUUUAUAAGACAUUUGGAAAUUUGAACACUGGGUAAUUGUUGAUAUUAAGGAAUUAUUAACCUUUUUACAUGUGAUGAUGGUGUUUAAAAGUUUGAAAAAAAUAACCCUUUUCUGUUUUUGGGUUACAUACUGCAAUAUUUAUGGAUAGAAUGAGUUUUUUUAAAAAGUAGUUGUGAGCACCAGCUAGACUUCUCUAAGGUCUGUUCAAGCACAAAUCAUCUGUUUUGUUUCUGGCACUGAUGGGUUCUUGCAGUAUGUUUCCUUCACUGAGCUGGACUGUUGUGUACUCCUCACAGCUGAGAAGCUGAAGGGGGAAGUGGGGACAGAGACUGCUGUGCCUGCAUCUGAGUCCUUGUCUGUGGUUAUGGGGUGUGUCCGGCCCCCCCCCCUUUCCCACCAUACCUCUCUGGCCACAUUGUGACCCUGUGGCAACCCCUGGGGAGUUGGCCAUUUCCAGGUGUAUUCCUAACCAAGACAGGCAGCAUCUGUGCACAGCCACCUCUGGGCCGGGUGAGCACUUGGGAGGCUCAUCCUCUCCAGUUUUGACUAUCAGACCUUCCUCAUUCCUCCUCUCUUGCGCCCCCCAUCCUCCCCUCUUCACUGCUUUUCCAAAGGUGAAGUCUAGAGAAGUGGGAGGCCUUGGUAAGAAAAGGCCACCUUGCUUCAUUCUUCCUGAGCUGCAGGGCUCAACAAUUCAGGGCACCCUCCACAACACCUAAAACACAGAGAGACCUAAAAGAUGAUUAGUCAGAACAAGUAUGGAAAACUUCCCUUUAGCAGUGUCACCCUUAACAUUCACCUGGUUCCUUUUCCUGCAUUUUUUUCCUG